AUGGCUGAAAUCUUAGAUAUUCAAAAACCAAUCUUCUUUGAUGAAUCAGUUUCUCACUAUGAAGUUCACGCACAUUUACCGUAUACUUUAUCGACAUUAAAUAAUAGUGAUGAAAUUAGAAUCAGCAUUCAACAUCAAGAUCUGUGUAUUUUACCAAGCAAAAGUUCAUUACACAUCUGUGGGAGAUUUGUUAAAGAAGAUAACACAGCUGUAACAGAAUCUAUGGAAUUAGUCAACAUGGCUAUUUGUCAUAUGUUUGAGGAGAUACGCUAUGAACUGAAUGCUGUAGAGAUUGAUAGAUGUAAAAAUGUUGGUAUUACAAGCCUUAUGAAAAAUUAUGUAUCGCAGAGUCCAGGACGGGUGAAUAUUAUGGAGAACGCGGGUUGGCUAACACAAGCAGCUAAUAAAUUAACCGAUGCUGAUGGUUAUUUUGAUAUAUCUAUACCGCUAAGUUUCAUAUUUGGAUUCGCUGAAGAUUACAAUCGUAUUAUUAUUAAUGCUAAACAUGAAUUGAUACUCAUAAGAUCAAAUGUUGACACGAACGCAUACAUUCAUAAACCAGCUACUGCACAAGCCGUUGCUGAAAGAGUGAAGAUUGUUCUCAAUAAAGUGGUGUGGAAUGUUCCAUACAUUACAAUGUCUGAUCAGCAAAAAAUUCAAGCGCUAAAUUUCAUCACUAACGAUCCAGCGAUUUCAAUGAGUUUUCGAACAUGGCAAUUUUAUGAGUAUCCGAUGCUACCAAGGACCACGAAGCAUGUCUGGCCAAUCAAAACUUCUACACAGCUUGAAAAAACACGAUAUGUAAUUUUAGGAUUCCAAACUGCACGGAAAAAUGUUGUAACGAAAGAUGCUAGCAAAUUCGAUCAUUGUAAUAUUAGAGAUGUGAAACUAUUUCUGAAUUCUCAAAGUUACCCAUAUGGAAAUUUAAAUCUUAACAUUGCUAGAAAUCAGUUUGCUUUAAUAUAUGAUAUGUAUACUAAUUUUCAAGUUUCAUACUAUAAUAAAGAUCCGGAACCAUUAUUAUCAAAAGCUAAAUUUCUAACUGACGCGCCGCUCUACAUUAUAGAUUGCUUGAAGCAAAAUGAAUCAAUCAAGUCCGGGCCUGUUGAUAUACGAAUUGAAUUUGAAUCGGAAAAUCUGUUUCCUGAUCAUACCGCGGCAUACUGUCUAAUAUUACAUGAUCGUAUUAUAGAAUAUAAUCCAAUAAGUAGUACUGUUAGAAAAAUAACAUAA